AUGGAACAAUAUACUUUUAAGCAUGUUUCAUUUAUUUUACUUAAAAAUAAAUGGAUAAAUGUUGAUACCGAUUGGAAUCCUUGUUGCACAGAUAAAUGUAUUAACACAAACAGACGUACUGGAAAAUGUGUUAAUAAGAAUGGAUUUAUUGAAUUAAUAAAUGAUUUGGAUAUUAAAUACAAUAAUUGUGUUAAAGGAGAGGGUGUUAAUAAGAAAGCUUUUGUCUAUUCACCAAAUAGAUUCAUCAAACCACACAAUUAUUUUACUUUCUCAUUAUUUUAUUUCGAAGUAAAAUGUCAAUUUGAAAAUAAUUUUGAUGAAAUUGAAAUGCAAAUAGGUGUUAAUACAAAUAAUAUAUUUAUUCGAUUACAAGCAAAUGAGUCUAAAAUUUAUUAUGGAUUCCAGUCAAAAGAAGGAAAAGAAUUUAAAAUUGACUCGUUUUCCUUUGAAAAUAACGAUAUUCUUGGAUGUGGAUUAGUCUAUCCGAUAGUUGGUGGUUUAGUUGAAAAAUUGCCUUAUUUAUUUUUUACUCAAAAUGGGAAACAAAUUGGGAAGGCUGUUUUGCUUGAAAAUGAAGUUUAUGAACCUUUUAUUUCUUUAAAGUGCUGCUCUGUUGAAACUAAUUUUGGGAAUGAUUUGAAGGAUAAACCUUUUAGCUAUGACGUUUCUAAGCAUUUUUUGCUUGAUGAAUUUUAUUAAAUGAAUGAAAGGGGGUGAGAGAGAUGAGAGACUGACUGAGAUUUUUUAAAAAUAUUUUUUUAUGAUUUAUUCUUUAAAAGAAUUUUGUUUUGAAUUUUAAUUUAUUACGGAAAAGCCACUUUACCGCAAACCAAUUGGAGAAGUUCGACAUCAGGGGUGGGCCUAGUCCCACAAAAUAUAUC